AUGGAGCUCUUCCUUCUGAAUCCGGUCGAGUACGACCGUCUCUACAACUGCUCCUUGUAUCAACAAGGAUACUUUGAGAAUGUCAAAGUGCCAAGCAAACUGAUCGGCUCACUGUACAUCGGUUGUGGGAUCGUCUACGAAAGCCUGUAUCUUCCAAUUUUGUAUGUGAUGGCGCAACGCAAAUUCCGAAGAUUUUCCUGCUACAAAAUAAUGUUGUUUUUGGGUAAGAAACCAACACUUUUGAAGGGAAUACCGGACCAAAAAAAAGAUGGAUGACUGCAUUUGGGAUGCAUUUCAGGUAUAAUCGAUGUAAUUUGUCUGGCAUUCUUGACCAUUUUAUACGGAAUUUUCGCCUUCCGCGGGAUGGUCUUCUGCGACUCACCGCGACUUUUCUAUAUUAGUGGAUGCAUCGCCACCUGUAAGUUGGAUGACCGACUUUUUACAGGAUCAACCACUUUUGUUGGAUAUCUUUUGCAGUGGCGGACCUGAUCUAUUGGCAAAACACGUAACAUUUUGCAUCCGUUUAGUAUCAAAAAAUGCAGCAAAACACUGCCCUCUCCAAGUGAAAAAAUACCGAUUUCAAAAGCGCACCCGCUGUUUUUGUGAGGGAAAGGGCGCGCCCUUCAAAACCAUGUUUUUUCACUUGGAAAGGGAGACAUUUUGCUACAUUUUUUGAUACCUCCCGGAUACAAAAUUGAACAUUUUUUUCCAUUUGAUCAGGUCCCUCACUGUACCCAAAAACGCAGACAGAAAUUGUGUUUAAAGCAACAUUGAACCUUUUUUCAGCGCUGUGGACAUCAACUUGUUUGACAGUAAUAAUCUUGGCGUUUAACCGGCUCUGCGAUCUGAUAAGCAAUAAUUUAUCGAAUACGUUGUUUUCGGGCGCUCGGGUUUACAUCUGGAUCGCAAUUCCCAUUUGCUACUUCUUAUGGUUUGUCUGGUAUGCGCCCGUCCUGCUUUUCACGUCCACAUAUUACUCGGAAUUCAGCAAUCCGUACGUUGGGACGAUCUUCGAAGAGCAGGCGGAGGAGCAGGUAAUUUCGAGCAAUUAGAUUUUGAUGAAACUUGGCACAAACUUAGAUCAAUUUUUUUAAGAUCUGCGGGACGUCUACAGUGGAGGACCUAAUAGAGUGACAAAAAACGUACCAUUUUGCAUCCAGGAAGAAUCAAAAAUGUGGCGAAAUGCUUCCCUCUCCAAGUGAAAAAACUUCGUUUUGAAGGGCGUGCCCUUUUUUCUCACAAAAAGAGCGGGCGCGCUUUUGAAACCCGAGUUUUUUUCUCUUAGAAAGGGAGGCAUUUUGCCACAUUCUUCAAUGCUUCCUGGAUGCAAAUGGUACGUUUUUUGCCACUGGAUUAGGUCCCCCAAUGUAGCUCGAGCUUGACGUAAACGACCGAGAAUUUUAGGUCGAAAGCUGAAAUAAUGCGGCACCUUUUUUGCCAAUUUUGGCUUGAAAAGUUUAAUGCAUAUUUCCACCGUAUUUUCACAGAAUUUUUUUUUCGCGCGUAACUGGCAAAGUUACGGGGAAAAAAUCUUUCUCUCUCGGACCGCGUGCGAACUUUAAUAACUUAUUCGCCAAAUGAAAUCAAACCUGAGAUUUCAGUACAUCAGUUGGCCAAUGAUCGCUAAUGACACUGCAACGCCGUUGAUAAUGGUAUUCCUAUACACCAUAAUCUGUAUUGUAAUCGUUGUUCGGAGUUACCGACUGAAGCGGGCGGCGCGCGCAAGCUCGGCGUUGACUGAUUUUCAGAAGACUGUAAGUUGACAAUACUUUUAAAAGAGGAUGACAUCAAAAGUCGGGCUACCAUAUUCCCGAUUGUUCAUGUCAAAAAUAGCCUAAACUCUACCGGGCAUGUUGUAAAAAUUGGAUGUGGUAUUUUAAUAAGUAGACUGGUCAAUUCCGACCACUCAAAUUGCAAUCUGUAAAUUCAAAAAAGUGCUUUUCAGACAGUAAUCCAAUCGUGCCUUAUCUGCUGUUUGUUUGUGCUUUGUGGCGCCAUCUACAAUUAUAUGGACUAUUGCGGUGCUCCUUUAGCAUUGGUAACGCUGUCUACGAUUAUUUGGCAGGCUUGUCAUGGUAACUUCAUUUUUUUGCCUUCCUUUUUUCCGUUUCCGCCGCUGAACCGACACUUUCAGGUGGCACCGUUAUCAUCUAUCUUAUUUUCAACAAAACUCUUCGCAGAGAAAUCCUGCGGCUGUUCGGGAAGCGGCACGUCAUCUUCUCAACGGUCUCACUUUACACCAAUGAUGGAAAAACCCUGGGCAAAAACUCAAUUAUCCAGUAG